GCAAGAGUCCCCAGAUCAACCUUGGCCCUAGGGCCAUGGAUGAAGGGACACCUGCCCUUUGCCCCUCCCACUCUGCCAAGCCCAGGUGACAAGGUUUCUGUCCCUGGGUCAUGAUCAUGCAGCUGGGCCUCGCCCUGGUACUAGGAAUGGCCCUGUGCCUGGGGUGUGGCCAGCCCCUGCUGUGGGCUCCUGAACGUCCCUUCUCUGUGCUAUGGAACAUACCCUCAGCACACUGUAAGACUCGCUUUGGCGUGCACCUGCCACUAGAGGCUCUGGGCAUCACAGCCAACCGUGGCCAGCGUUUCCAUGGCCAGAACAUCACCAUCUUCUACAAGAACCAGCUUGGCUUCUAUCCCUAUCUUGGGCCCAGGGGCACAGCUCAUAACGGGGGCAUCCCCCAGGCUGUCCCUCUUGACCGCCACCUGGCACGGGCUGCCUACCAGAUCCAUCUCAGCCUAGAACGUGGCUUUGCUGGCCUGGCAGUGCUAGACUGGGAAGAGUGGUGUCCACUUUGGGCCGGGAACUGGGGCCGCCGCCGAGCCUACCAGGAAGCUUCAUGGGCUUGGGCACAGCGGGUAUUCCCCCACCUGAACCCCCAGGAGCAGCUCCACAAGGCCCGUGCUGGCUUUGAACAGGCAGCCCGUGCCCUGAUGGAGGACACACUACAGCUAGGCCAGGCACUGAAGCCCCAUGGGUUCUGGGGCUUCUAUCGCUUCCCAGCCUGUGGCAAUGGCUGGCGUGGUAUAGCUUUCAAUUACACAGGCCACUGCCACCCAGCCACUCUAGCCCGAAACACACAACUGCAUUGGCUCUGGGCUGCCUCCAGCGCCCUCUUCCCCAGCAUUUACCUCCCACCCAAGCUGCCACCUAUUCACCACCAGGCAUUUGUCCGAUACCGCCUGGAAGAAGCCUUCCGUGUGGCCCUUGUUGGGCACCCACAUCCCCUGCCUGUCCUGGCCUAUGCCCGCCUCACAUACCGGUAUUCUGGGAGGUUCCUGUCCCAGGAUGACCUCGUGCAGACCAUUGGUGUGACCGCAGCACUAGGGGCAGCCGGCGUGGUGCUCUGGGGGGACCUGAGCUUCUCCAGCUCUGAGGAGAAGUGCUGGCAUCUCCAUGACUACCUAGUGGGCACCCUGGGUCCCUAUGUAAUCAAUGUGACCAGGGCAGCCAUAACCUGCAGUCACCAGCGGUGCCAUGGCCAUGGGCGUUGUGCCCGCCAAGAUGGAGGACAGCUGGAAGCCUUUCUGCAUCUGCAGCCAGAUGGCAGCCCUGGAGCUUGGGAGUCCUUUAGCUGCCGUUGUUACCCGGGCUGGGCUGGCCCUACCUGCCAGGAGCCUAGACCUGAGCCUAGGCCUGAAGAAGCAACAUAAAACCAGAGGUUACCUGCCCCUGA